AUGCAGAAGCUAGGUGAAGGUGUACUUAACCCAGACAAGCAGAGCAAGGUCAAUACCCUCUUUAAAAGCCUCAAGGUUAAUCAAACUCAGGCUGUGCUCAAAAUCUACAAGAACCGCCAGUGGCCAGCGGAAGAAGCGAUGUUCACGAUGUCAUCACCUCUAUGA